CACUCAUGCGCAGGGCAUCAUCCACCCACUGACUCAGAGAACAAUCAGCCCCUCAGAGAUAAAUGCCAGAUUCUCUUCCUCCGAGCUUCACUCAUGUCUCUACGUGAAUGCUGUUGCUGAGGACAUGCAGUCCUGAACGCGGACCGCCAGAAGAAGCAAGAGCAGAAAUGAGGCAGCAGGUGUGGGAGAUCUCCAAUGAGAGGUGUGUGGGCCUGUGAGCGUGACCGACUCAGAGCAGGAAAUGAGGAGCACUCUUCCUUUGUGUGGAGGCGAUGAUGAAGCCUGUGGUCACCAGCGAAGCAUCAGCAGGGUGGGCAGGAUGAAGAGGCUGCUGUGGCUGAGGUCCAGUCACUGCGGAGGCGUCAUCUUGGACACGGAGCCCGGAGUGUGGCUGAGGAGCUUCCAGCUGCUGGACACCGAUAGGCACCAUGAGGAACCAGUGCAGGAGUGGGGCGAGGAAGAGGAGGAUGGGGCCAUUUUUGGCAUCACCCUGCGAAGGGAACCUGUCCCAUCAGACUCCCCUGAUCUCUUGCCGGUCUUUGGGUGCGUCCAGUACCACACUGUGAAGGUUCGCAGGUUGAAGGCUGCCACCUUGGAGCGCCUGGUUUCCCACCUGCUGGACGCAGAACGCCAAGAGCCCGACUUCAUCCACGUGUUUUUCUCCAUGUACAGAGCCUUCACCUCCACCGACACCUUCAUUGAACUGAUGUUUCAGAGAGACAAAUCCCUUGCCAACCUGGAUAACACUGUCAGCCUGCACAGUCCUGCCCUCCCAGUGGUCCGGUUGUGGUUAGAGGAAUACAGCAACGACUUCCAGGAGCCUCCUCAAUACCAGGCCCUCCGGCUCCUGUGUUCCCACUUACGUCGUCGCCUUUGCUUCAGACGUUUGUUUCAGACUGCUGAAGCUUUGCUAGAGAGAGUCCAGGAACAAGAUUGCAGCCGCUCUGCAUCAGAACACCACAGUGAAGUACUGAAGUGCAGCGAUCAGAGUGACGGAGCAGAAAUGUCUUCUAAACGAGACAAACACAAGUUUAUGGACUUCCCUGUUAGAGAAGUGGCGGAGCAGCUCACCAGAUUGGACGCUGAGCUGUUUGUGAAAGUGGUGCCCUUGCACUGCCUGGGCUGCAUCUGGUCGCAGCGUGACAAGAAGGAAAACCGGAAUCUGGCACCGACGGUCCGGGCGACCAUUUCCCAGUUUAACGCUGUUACCAACCGUGUCAUCACUUCCCUCCUCUGCCCAUCGUCGCCCAGCCCAUCCACUUCCUCCCCCAUCUCGUCCCCUUCCUCGACCUCUACCUUCCUGUACCCGUCCUCGGCCCCGGGCUCGCCUCACUGCUCGCACACCAGUCCAGUUCACAGGGCGCGCAUCAUCGAGUGGUGGAUCGCCAUCGCGCAGGAGUGCAGACAGCUGAAGAACUUCUCCUCUUUGAAAGCCAUCCUGUCAGCCCUACAGUCCAUCGCCGUGUAUCGACUCAAGAGGACCUGGGCUGCUGUGAGCAGGGAAAGCAUGAUGGUCUUUGAUCACCUGUGUGAGACGUUUCCUGAUGAGAACUGUGUCCUCACCAACAGAGAGAUUCUAGUUGAGAGCUUCAGCUGUGGCGUUGUGCCAUACCUGGGAACAUACCUGACGGUCCUCACCAUGUUGGACACGGCGCUGACUGACACUGUGGAGGGCCGUCUCAUCAACUUUGAGAAGCGCAGACGGGAGUAUGAGAUCCUCUCUCAAAUUCGACAGCUGCAGGCUUUCUGCUCCCAUUACAGCCUCGCUGUAAAUUCUUACAUCACAGGCUGGCUCCAGGCUCAAACUCUGCUCACAGACCAGGAGAGCUAUGAUUUGUCUCGUGAACUGGAGCCUCCUGUUGAUCCCUGCCCCAACUCUCCCAACUCUUGGAGCUGCCGUCUGCUGGCUAAUAAGCUUGCUUUGUUGCGAACAUCUCACUCUGAUCAGAUUAGUGUGUCAUCAUCUGGUUCCAGUAGUUCAGAGCUGGAGGACCUCUCCAAUCUUCAGCCUUCCCCCUUCAGGCUCAAACUCAAGUCUCUCCCAGGCUCUCUUCACAACGUGGCGGAGGACUUUUCCAUGUCCUCCUCAUCCUCAACUAGCCUGUCCGGUUCAUCCUGCAGCUCCUCGCAGCCAGACCUCUCCUGCUCUUCUCUGGCGCUCAGCCCUGAUUCAUCGUCCUCUUCUUUAUCGCAGUCCACCUGCUCUUCUCAGGCUGUCCUGCCCCUCUACAAUAAACAGAUCGCAGACUCGUGCAUCAUCAGGGUGACAGUGGAGUGUGUCAGCAAUGGAAACAUCUACAAGAGCAUUCUGCUGACCAGCCAGGACCACACUCCACAGGUGAUCCAGAGAGCUCUAGAGAAGCACAACAUGGAGGAUUUCAGGAUCAUCGACUUUGGCCUCUACCAGUUGCUCAACCAUGGAAGAGAGCUUCACAUACCUGAAAAUGCCAACGUAUUCUACGCCAUGUGCACCUCAGCCAACUACGACUUUGUCCUUCGGCAGCGCUGGAGAAGCCACAGGAGUCAAUUUGGCUCUUUCUCAAGUCCCGGAGCUCGGCCCAGGGGGCGCCACCUCAAGUGAACAACAAGCUUCUGCACAGGUUGAAUAUUUGCUGACAAACUGGAUCUCCUCGUCUCUGUCAGAAGCCACAAAACACAUGAGACCGCCAGAGUGUGUAGCCAACCUUGAGGAGCUCUCACUUUACCAGCAACACUAGAACUUGUUGAAAGAAGAGCUGCUCUGUCAGAGUUCAGAUGUUCAUCCAGGAUCUUUUUAUCUCGCAUGCCUGUGGGCUAUUAGACCCUAGCGGGACGUGAAUCUUCUCUGGAGGAAAUCCUCAGCUGCUGGUGUUUCUGCACAGUCCUGAGUUUGACUCAUUGGUGGAAACAUCUAAAUGCUGCAGUGGCUGCAGAAGCCUUGUGCUCCGAUCUGAUGAGCUGAAAGAAUAACAAGAGCUGCUGAGUCUCACUGAGCUCUCACAGAUCAAAUAUAAAACAAGUGCAUGUCGGAGGACAUUUAAAACACUCCUUGGUUCCCAUCUUGUUGUCUUCAAUACAGAAACACUGUCCUGAGUGUUUAAGAAAAUGCACGUCUUCUAGUUAAAUGUAAAUAUUUUAUAAAAACUAACUGUAAUUUUAACUGCUUAAAUUAUAUAAUGCACUUCAGUAUUCACGUUUCGGAGAAAAUGUUGGUGUUUUAGCCUGUAUUUUUAUUCCUCGUCCAAAAGUUAAAAGGUGUCAGUGAUGAUCAGACUAGUCCUGAAUGGAAAGACGAUGCUGCUGCUGCGUUAUGAAGGAUUUUACAUCAGUUUGUAGGAGAGCAAUGUAAAUGUGUCCAAGCAUGUGAGCUGUGGGUUUCAGUUAGACUGCAGCCAUUUAUCGACAGCCUCUAGGUUUGUUGUUCAGUGUUGGAUCAGUUAAAAAGAUUCCUGUCAUUUAGAUGGUUAACAAAGACCUAGGUUAAAAGACAAAGGAGUUUGCUUAAAUCUGGCAUAACACUUUGAUUUACUCCAGUUCUCAUAAGCUCAUCCCAAGUGUUUCAGUUUAAAUGAAGAAAUCAUCUUUUUUUUAUUGGACUGCAGUGUGAAGGAACAUCCUGCAGAUUUCAAGUGGUUAUUCUGUCUAGCCUGGUUUGUAUUGUCGUUUCUUUUGUUGAAGGUCUUUCUUUUUAUUUUGCUGAUUCAGUCCUUUAAGAGGCUGCGGGUCAUUUGAAGGAUGCACAGAUUGACCCCAGCGUACUUCUCUGUGACUGAUCUGAAGGAUGGUUUUUGUAUGUGAAAAGAUUUUUGUGCAUGUAACCUGAGAGAUGUGUUCAUCACUGGCUUCAGUUUGAAAAGCUGCUUCAAUUUAAAGACGUUUAACAAUUUAACAGCUGAAAUCUGCAGCAAAGAAGAAAUCACAAGAUGGCUUCUGCUGUUUGUUCUUCCGUACGUCAUGCAGUAUUAUGUUCAUGCAUUAGACUUUUAAAUAAUGUCACUUUAUAAACAUGUUUUUAUUGUGUUUUUUAAGAGAUGUUUUAUUUUUUUUUUAUUGAAGCGCAUGAUGUCUAUAUUUAGUAGUAAACACUCACAAAUAAACCAAAUCUACCAUUUCA